AUGGCGGAGUUCAAUUCAGCGUUGGGCCCAGGAGGAUCACAGCAGCAGCCACCGCGAGAUAUUUCGGAAGCAGUUCUCCAAAUUCUCUCCAACCAGCAGAGGCUGAUGCAGCAACUUUCUCAGCAACUGGGAGAAACGCAGAUCGCCGUGCAAAAUCUGUCCCGCAACGAAUCGGUAUUGGAUUCUUUAUCGAACAACAUGGCGGAAUUCGUCUAUGAUAAAGACAAUGGGCACACUUUCGACGCGUGGUUUUCCCGCUAUGCAGAUUUGUUCGACAAGGAUGCAGCCAGAAUCGACGAUGCCGCCAAAGUGAGACUUCUGCUACGGAAACUAAGCCCACCGGAUCACGAACGGUACAACAGCUUUAUUUUGCCGAAGCAAUCGCGGGAUUUUUCGUUUGAUCAAACCGUCGAGAAGCUGAAAUCCCUGUUUGGUGCCACAGUGUCCAUCUUUCGUCGGCGGUAUCACUGCUUUCAAACAGCCAAGGAAGACAGUGACGACUACCUCGCUUACUCGUGCAAAGUUAAUAAGGCUUGCGUAGAUUUCAAGCUAUCGGAGCUGACAGAGGAGCAAUUUAAAUGCUUGAUCUACAUUUGCGGGUUGAAGUCCAAAGACGACAGUGAAAUCCGGAUGCGUCUCAUCAAUAAGCUGAAUGAUGCAACUGAUUUGACCCUCCAGCAAGUGGUUGAACAGUGCAACAGCUUAGUGAACCUUAAACAGGAUACAGUACUCGUCGAAAAUUCAUCGUCCGUAGUGAACGCAGUCACGCAUGCCACCCGAUUCAGGCCGAAACGUCACACACAAAGUUUCGCCGGCAGCAGCACCAGUCAGGAGCAGCCAAGGACACCCUGCUGGGCAUGUGGAGGAAUGCAUUUCCAUAAAGACUGUCAUUUUCGGGACCACAAAUGCCAUCAGUGUGGAAAGCAAGGGCACAAGGAAGGGUACUGUAAAUGUUUUUCGUCACUCAAGCAUUCGGAAAAACCUACUAGCAACAGGGACUACAAGCAAAAGAAGCGAGCGUCAUCAACAAAAACCCUCACCGUCCAGAAAAUCAGCCAAGGGCGGAAAUUUGUCCAUCUACAGAUUAACAACGUUCCGCUUCGCCUGCAACUGGAUACCGGUUCCGACAUAACGAUAAUUUCACACCGAUCAUGGGUGAAGCUUGGUCGACCGAAGACAGCAGCAGCUGUUUGCAGUGCCAAAACAGCAUCAGGAGAUCCGCUUCAACUGACGGCAGAGCUUCAGUGCGACAUUUCCCUUAACUCCAUAUCAAAAAAGGGUAAAUGCUUUGUCGCCAGCCCCAACGUUCAGUUAGACAUUUUGGGUAUAGAUUGGAUGGAUUUGUUCGGGUUAUGGAACCAGCCGAUCGCAUCCUAUUGCAACCGUGUCAACAGGUUGCAAUCUCGCAUAGUCUCUACGCUGCAGUCUCGUUUUCCUGCAGUGUUUACGGCCAAGUUGGGCCUCUGUAACAAAACGCCAGUUCAACUUGUGUUAAAAGGCACUCCCAAGCCUGUCUUCAGACCCAAGCGUCCGGUCGCUUACAGCAUGGAAAGUGUGGUGGAGCAAGAACUUGAUCGCUUGCAAAGCCUAGGUAUCCUCAAGAAGGUGGAUUUUUCUGACUGGGCGGCUCCCAUCGUUGUUGUGCGGAAGUCGAACGGGACCGUUCGUAUCUGUGCCGAUUUUUCAACGGGGCUCAACAGUGUUCUUGAACCAAAUCAAUAUCCCCUACCUCUGCCAGAGGAUAUUUUUGCCAAGAUGGCCAACUGCCGCGUCUUCAGCCACAUAGACUUAUCGGAUGCGUAUCUGCAGGUAGCAGUUGACGAAGCUAGUCAACCAUUGCUGACCAUCAAUACACAUAAAGGGCUCUUCCAGUUUACUAGGUUGUCUCCUGGAAUCAAAUCAGCGCCAGGUUCGUUCCAACAAUUAAUGGAUACAUUGCUAGCUGGUCUCGAGUGCGCAGUCGGUUACUUGGACGACAUUUUAGUCGGCGGUCGAACCGAAGAUGAGCAUCAGCGAAAUCUUUUUCUCGUGUUAGAGCGAUUACAGGAGUAUGGCUUCACAGUUCGAAUGAAUAAGUGCAAUUUCGGAUUGAAUGAAGUCAAAUACCUGGGACAUAUAAUGAACGCAGAGGGCAUCAAACCAGAUCCAGGAAAGAUUUCUUCAAUCGUUAAUAUGCCGGCACCGCAUGAUAUUGCAACCCUUCGCUCUUACCUGGGCGCCGUUGCUUAUUAUGGGAAGUACGUGAAGGAAAUGCGCGCCCUGCGUCAUCCCAUGGACCAAUUGCUCAAAGCGGAUACAAAGUAUGUAUGGUCGGCAGCGUGCCAGAAAUCGUUUGAUCGUUUUCGUGAAGUUCUUCAGUCCCCACUACUGCUAACGCACUACAAUCCGCAGCUCGAAAUAAUUGUGUCGGCGGAUGCUUCACAGUUUGGGCUAGGGGCCCGAAUUGCACAUAAAUUUCCAGACGGCACUGUUCGUGCUAUAUGUCAUGCAUCACGUAGUUUGUCAGCACCCGAAAGUAAAUACAGCCAAAUUGAAAAGGAGGGUCUGGCAUUAGUUUUUGCGGUAACUAAGUUUCACAGAAUGCUGUUUGGUCGACGAUUUAUUCUGGAAACUGACCACAAGCCGCUCCUCUCGAUCUUCGGAGCCAAGAAGGGCAUUCCUACUUACACAGCGAACAGGCUUCAGAGAUGGGCGCUCACUCUUCUGCUCUACGAUUUUGAAAUUCGUUACGUGUCUACGGAAAGCUUUGGGCAUGCCGAUGUACUAUCGCGGUUGAUAAAUAAUAACAUUCAGCCACAAGAGGAGUUCGUUAUCGCAACUAUGGAGCUUGAGUCGACGAUCAAAAGCGUUGCCAAUCAAGCGCUUAUGGACCUCCCGCUCUCGUUUCAACAAAUCAUCGCAGAGACUGCAGCGGAUGAUAAUCUACAAGAAGUGGUUAAGUUCAUAAACAAUGGAUGGCCUUCGCGGAACAUGAAAAACGCAGAUCCCCAAAUACAACAAUUUUAUCUGCGUCGUGACGCUUUUUCUAUUGUAGAUGGAUGCAUAAUGUAUGGCGAACGAGUGGUUAUCCCACAGGUGUUUCGGAAGCGUGUUCUUCAGCAGCUACACAAAGGUCACCCAGGUGUGGAGCGAAUGCGAUCGAUUGCGCGUCAGUAUGUUUACUGGCCCAAUAUCGACGAAGAUGUUACUAGAACCGUUAGCACUUGCAACGAUUGUGCCAGAGUAGCCAAAACGGACAGGAAAACGCUUCUUUCAUCGUGGCCUACACCGGAGAAAGCAUGGCAGCGGGUUCAUCUGGACUAUGCUGGCCCUAUGUCGGGGCAAUACUACCUUAUCCUAGUCGAUUCUUUCUCUAAAUGGCCAGAAGUAAUUCAAACCAAGGAUAUCACUACUGCAGCAACCAUCCGUUUACUUCGUGGUAUCUUCGCCAGGUUCGGCGCACCGGAAACGUUAGUCACGGACAACGGUACACAAUUUACAAGUGAACAAUUCGCAUCAUUCUGUACCACAAAUGCUAUUCAACACUUAAGGACCGCACCGUUUCACCCACAAAGCAACGGUCUCGCAGAGAGGUUUGUCGGUACCUUUAAAAGUACAGUUCGCAAAAUUAAAACCGAGGGUAAGACCAUGGAGGAAGCUAUCGACAUGUUUCUGCUGUGCUACAGGUCAACGCCAUGCCGUCAUGCUCCAGGAGGAAAGUCCCCAGCUGAAAUUAUGUUAGGUAGGGCGAUUCGUACGUCGUUGGAACUUCUACGUCCACCUACACCAGUCAGCCGUCCAGAUUUGUCUAUGCAAGAAGAACAAUACAAUCGUAAGCACGGUGCAAAAGCUCGGAGUUACCUCCCGCAGGACAACGUCUGGGCUAAAGUGUACAGGAAUAACAAAUGGUUUUGGGAAGCUGGAACAGUAAUCGAAUGUAUCGGAAACGUGAUGUACAACAUUUGGUUACCGGCGAAGCGAAGUCUGAUCCGGUCGCAUUGCAACCAAAUGAGAAGUCGUGACCAGGCAGAACAGCAGCAGCAGGGUAGGCAGCAACAACCGAUGGAUCCGCACAUUCCAUUGAGCAUACUACUGGAUAGUUAUGGUGUUUCUAGCACAACUGAUCCGGAGCAGGCAGUGCUGCCGGCAGAUGAACAACAAAAUCCACAACAUCGAAGCCAACCCCGUCAUCAACGCGAUCCCCGUAGCAGCGAACAGCAACAAUCGGUUCCUCGCCAGUCUUCGAGGGUACGAAGACCACCUGCGAGGUACGAUCCGUAUCACCUGUACUAA